AUUAGGCACCAUUUGAUUGUUCUUGUGCAUCAAGGGUUGACUUCCAUGGAUGCCACCAAGAGCGUCAGCGAUGUGGUCACUGUAGAUGUACACGAAGCUAAAGAUCUCCUAAACUCCGGUCAUCGUUAUCUUGAUGUCAGGACAAAUGAAGAAUUCAACAAGAGCCACGUGGACAACGCCUUGAAUAUUCCCUACAUGUUCAUAACACAAGAAGGACGGGUUAAAAAUCCCGAAUUUUUGGCUCAGGUUUCCGUUCUUUGUGGCAAGGAGGAUUUACUAGUCGUGGGUUGCAACAGUGGAGGAAGAUCGCUUAAAGCUUCUGCUGAUCUUCUUACUGCGGGCUACAAGAAUGUAAAGAACAUGGCCGGGGGAUACUCAGCGUGGGUCGAUAAUGGGUUUGUCGGGAACUCGGCACCGGCCGAGGAGUUGAAAACCGCUUGCAAGUUUCGCCGCUAAUUAAUCCUAAACUUGACGCAUUCGUUUCGUUUAUUUUACUAAAAAGACUUGAGGAACCAUAUAUGUAUGAUAUGGGUGACACAGUAAUUUAUUUAUCAAGUGAAUAUGAAUAAAUAAUGUUUAUCGCUUACCU